AUGAAGCCCUACGGGCAGCGCUCUCCUGCCGUCAUGAAGCCCCGCGGGCAGCGCCGGUCUGCCUUUCAACUUGGCCUCGCCGCCUUCCUAGCGGGCCUUGCAAUGAGCUUUCUCGUGACACACGCCAGCGCUCAGGAUGACGCGUGUGUCAACAAGUGUGGGACCGAUGCUGACUGCGUUGUGAAUGAUUUUGGCGCCGGUGUGUGCCAGUGCAAGGACGGUUCCACCUUCAAUGAUGUUGACUAUACAUGCGAUGGUGUUGUGGACGAGUGUGUCAACAAGUGUGGAACCGAUGCUAACUGCGUUGUGGCUGCUGAUGGCACUGGUGAAUGCGAGUGCGUGGACGGUUCUACCUUCAACGAUGUUGACAAUACAUGCGAUGGUGUUGUUGUGGACGAGUGUGGCAACAAGUGUGGUACCGGUGCUAAGUGCGUUGUGAAUGCUUUCGGUGCCGGUGUAUGCAAAUGCAAGGACGGUUUUACUUUCAACAAACUCAAGAAUACAUGCAAUCGUGACCUGUGUGCUGGCUGGGAUUGCGGCACCAGUGGUUGUGUCUGCCAAGUGAUUGAUGGUGUUCCCGAAUGCGUGUGCUUCCAUGGUUUGGUCUUCAACGAAUUUGACCAGACGUGCUAUGGCCCCUACCUCCAGACGAUGGUGCAGCUGCAGCUGCAGGUGCAGAUGAAUGGCCGCCAGCGCAGCUACGCGGAGAACGUCAACUUCACGACCGACGUGCCGGCGGAGCAAGCCUCUGGCACCAUCGUGUGCACCGACCUGAGCUCCAGCUUCAGCCUCCGUGGCGACACCAGGAUCAGCGUCGGGUGGACUUCCUUCCAAUCUUCCGGAAAAGGCAACGGCAUGUGCAAGAGCGUUUCGUUUCACGCCAAACCAGGCUGCACGGACAAGCCCGGCCUCACAAUCCCGCGUCCUGCAAAGGAUGGUCAAUCCUACCGCAACUCGGAAAGGACGGUCAAAGCGACGAAUUUGCCGAGAUCAGUUGGCUGUCAGAUCACCACGUGUCACAAGGACUGUGGAGCUGCUGACUGCGUUGUGAAGGACGGCAAGCCCCGGUGCGAGUGCCCCUGGGGCUUCGAGUUCAAAGAGGCUGAGAAGAACUGCAGCAAGAAGAUUGUUGAACUUGCUGACAACCCUUGCAAGACGGGCACACUGAGGUGCGACAAGAACUCAACGUGCGUUGUGAAGAACGGGCAGGGGAGGUGCCAGUGUAAGGCUGGCUACACCAAGACGAGCGACGUCUGCACUGGUGAAGAAGUGGAAAAGGUGAAGAGGUGA